AGUUGAGUUAAGGGGAAGUGCAGUCUUUAUCCUCUCAUUUUAAAAAGUAUUGAGUGGAGCUGCGUUUGGAGUAGUUUCCCACUGCUUGCUGCGCUCUCCAUGGAACAUGGUUUGAACUAGACUGAGCGUGUGUGUGAGCAGGAUUGAGUGUGUGCAGGAAGACUGAGAUUGAAGAGGAUGAGCCAAGUUUGUGGUUCUCCAUACGAUAACACGAUGUCACACCUUCUGUCCCCAAGUGACUUCGGUACCAGCCUCAAGGACUUGAACAUUGUGGCCAUGUUGCAUAACUUUUGGGAGCAGAAGCAGGUGGAACAAGACAAUCGGUCCGACAGCCAAUCAGAGGACUCGGUGAAGGGCUCUGCCAGCCAAUCAGAGUGCUUGUUGUUGUAUGAGUCUGCCCCUUCCCCAAGACCCCCUUACAUCUACUACGUCACUCUGCCUGGAGGAAGCUGCUUUGGAAACUAUAAGGAGUGUGAGACGCAGGCGGAAGCUCGUAGGGAUGCGGCGCGUGUCGCUCUGAUGAACUCUCUAGUGAACGAGCUGCCGUCUAGACGAAUCACUCCUCUGUUCAUCACACACAGCCUGCAGGAGGCUGCUUCAGCCAGCACCGUCUCUGUGGAGGAUGCCUGUGAUCCUAGCACCAGUUUAGGAGCCUAUUGUCUCCUGCUCCAGUCAUACACUGGCAGAACCAUGUUGGAGUUCCAGGAGGGGAUGACAGUGUUUCAGUUGUUACACUGGAACGGGACGUUGAAGAUUCUAAGGGAAAGACAGUGUUCCCGCCAGAGUGUGAUUGGUUAUUACUUGCAGCGGGGACUGGAUGCCAGCAUGCGCAGCAGCAUGGCUCUGGAUUGGCUGGGCAGGGAGCGGCAGACUCCAAGGCAGCUGAGGAUGGAGCUACGAACAGCACAGAGGGAACUGGACGUGGCUAGGCGUCAUGGCAAUGAACUCCGCUUCUACAAGGAGAAAACAGAGAUACUUAGCCUGGCACUGAGUCAAGAAUUCACACAUGGACCACACACAGAUUCACAAGAAUCACCUGAACCACACAUACACCACCAAUGAGUCGCACAUACACACACAAACUACAUGAACCACUUGAACCA